AUGGCGACUUAUGAGCCCAAGAACAUUCUCAUCACCGGUGCUGCUGGUUUUAUUGCAUCGCAUGUCGCCAACCGCCUGGUGAGGAACUACUUGCACUACAAGAUUGUUGUUCUCGACAAGCUUGACUACUGCUCCAGCCUAAAGAAUCUCAACCCCUCGCGGGCUUCACCAAAUUUGAAGUUUGUCAAGGGUGACAUUGCAAGUGCUGAUCUGGUGAACCACCUUCUGGUCACAGAGUCAAUUGACACCAUCAUGCACUUUGCUGCUCAGACUCAUGUUGAUAAUUCUUUUGGCAAUUCAUUUGAGUUCACAAAAAACAAUAUAUAUGGUACACACAUCAGGAGGUUUAUUCAUGUCAGUACCGACGAGGUCUAUGGAGAAACUGAUGAAGAUGCUGUGGUUGGUAACCAUGAGGCCUCACAGUUGCUUCCAACAAAUCCAUAUUCAGCUACAAAAGCUGGGGCUGAAAUGCUUGUGAUGGCAUACGGAAGGUCUUAUGGUCUUCCUGUGAUUACCACUCGGGGCAACAAUGUGUAUGGGCCAAAUCAGUUCCCUGAGAAACUCAUCCCCAAAUUCAUUCUUUUGGCCAUGAGAGGUCUGCCUUUUCCAAUUCAUGGAGAUGGUUCCAAUGUCAGGAGCUACUUGUACUGUGAGGAUGUGGCUGAAGCUUUUGAGGUUGUUCUUCACAAAGGGGAGGUUGGACAUGUGUAUAAUAUUGGUACUGUGAAGGAGAGGAGGGUGAUUGAUGUGGCCAAAGACAUUUGCAGGCUCUUUGGCUUGGAUACUGAGAAAGUAAUCAGGUUUGUUGAGAACAGACCCUUCAAUGACCAGAGGUACUUCCUGGAUGAUCAGAAGCUGAAGAGACUGGGAUGGGCAGAGUGCACACCAUGGGAAGAGGGCUUGAAGAAGACAAUUGAGUGGUACACCACCAAUCCUGAUUACUGGGGAGAUGUUACUGGUGCUUUGCUCCCUCACCCAAGGAUGUUGAUGACUCCUGGAGUUGAAAGGCAUAACUGGACUGAGGAAAUCAAAUCUCUGACUUCUUCACCAGCUGAAGCUAGCACAACAGCUCCUGCAACUAGUACCAAAAGGACCACUGAAAAGCCUUUGUACAAGUUCUUAAUCUAUGGCAGGACUGGAUGGAUUGGUGGCCUCCUUGGGAAGAUUUGUGACAAGCAAGGGAUUCCAUAUGAGUAUGGGAAAGGACGCUUGGAGGAGCGCUCUCAGCUGUUGGAGGACAUUAGAAAUGUGAAGCCAACUCAUGUCUUCAAUGCUGCUGGAGUCACUGGGAGACCGAAUGUUGACUGGUGCGAGACCCAUAAACAGCACACCAUCCGCACCAAUGUUGUAGGCACAUUGAAUCUUGCCGAUGUCUGUCAUGAGCAGGGUUUGCUCAUGAUUAAUUAUGCCACAGGCUGUAUAUUUGAGUAUGAUUGUAAGCACCCUGAAGGAUCUGGUAUUGGCUUUAAAGAGGAAGACAUGCCUAAUUUUACGGGUUCCUUUUAUUCUAAAACGAAAGCAAUGGUGGAAGAGCUGUUGAAGGAGUAUGAUAAUGUCUGUACUCUUAGGGUCAGGAUGCCUAUAUCAUCAGAUCUAAGCAACCCUCGUAACUUCAUCACAAAGAUAGCUCGUUACGACAAGGUGGUGAACAUUCCCAACAGCGUGACAAUUUUGGAUGAGCUUCUGCCUAUCUCCAUUGACAUGGCAAAACGGGACUGCAGGGGCAUAUGGAACUUCACCAACCCUGGCGUUGUCGGCCACAAUGAGAUUCUAGAGAUGUACAAGAAAUACAUCAGUGCUGAUUUCAAGUGGAUCAACUUCACACUCGAAGAGCAGGCCAAGGUCAUAGUCGCACCUAGAAGCAACAACGAGAUGGACGCAUUGAAACUGAAGGCCGAGUUUCCUCAGCUGCUGUCCAUCAAGGAUUCUUUGAUCAAGUAUGUCUUUGAGCCUAACAGGAAGAAGUUUGUUUAUGGUGUUUCCGCGAGCCGUUCGAUCUGGCGAACUUGCGAUGGUGGCCGUUCGAUUGCGGAUCGGUUUGGUCUCUACCCGUUUCGCUGUAAACCCGAAACCUCGGGAACCUUCUUGGGCUCAUCCGUCGAGCGGCUGUUCGUCCAAUUCCCCAACCUCGACCCAAACCCUAGCGCGCAUCCGGCUCGGUGGGCGGCAGCUCCUGUUCGAGGCACGGCGGCGGCAGCGGGCGACGAGGCGAGGCGCAGCGGCGGCGGGCGGUGGGCGGGUGACUGCGCGUGCGCGAGGCACUGGCGGCGACAGCCGGCCGGCUCGGGCUUGGGGCCGCGACGCGAGCGGCUGCUGCGGUGCGCCGGGCCGGGGCUGCCGGCUGCGGCCUGUUGGCGCGACGAGACCUACGAGGGCAUCGAGGCCCCGCACUGGGCCGACCUCACCGACCCCAACGCCGGCCGCGCCGACGUCGACGACAAGGCCUGGGACGGCAGUAGCAAUCUCAAGUGGCAGGGCGGCGGCGCCGUUGCCUCCUCCACGCCGCCGAAGCCAAAGGCAGCGCCCAAUAAGAGGUUCCAGGAGGACAGCGAGAACCAGGACCCUGCGCUGGCCACGCCGCCCCCACGACAGGCGCCAACUAGUAGGCCGCCGUUCGGUGCCCCUCGGUGGAACAAGAAUGCCAAGGAGGCCAUCAAGUCCAGUGCGGAGAAGCGGCCGGACAAUUCUGAGAAGGAGGCGCUGCUCAACAAGUACGCCCCGCCGAGGCAGCUCAAGAGCACCCUCUCAGCCAGGAAUCUCUUCUUUGGAAAGGAUAUACUUGGCCAGAUUUCGGAGUUCUACGAUGAGCUGAAGCGGAUGGUUGGAGGCGGCUGGCCUGUCACAGACACACAGGAGGAAUACAGCUCAAACCCAAUGAAUCCGAGCGAUUUGAUGGAGAAGGUAUCUCCUGAUGCCAGCGUCAGCAAUCCAGUUCCCGCAGAUACCGUGAAGGAGGUGGCGAGACAAGAAACAGUGAAAAAGAGUCCAAGCCCAAUGAAGGGAAAGAAAGUGGGGCUGAAGGUGGAAGCAGGGAAGCAAAGGUCUCCCUCUGUGCUGAAGGAAGUGAAGGCAACACCGCUCACUCCGCAACGGUUUCCAUCCCCAUCGCCAAACCGCAUUAAGAAUGUUAAACCUGGAGGGGUGGCCACAGCAGGAUCGCCACUCAAGAAGCCACUCAAGGUGAAUCCAGCAUGGCUAUAG